AGAGCCCAAUCAAUAGAAAUACCUCUUGGUCCAUAGAGCUGAUAUUCGUAAUGCUCGUGUUUGAUUUGUCUGAGGCUAUAGGUGGAAAGUAGCAGCAGAGCUCUUUUAGAAAGAGUUCGUCCAGGGAAGUACUGCCGCUUUACUUAUUUCUACCGCCAAGCAGUAAUGUGAGCAUUUCUGCGUUCCGGUUUUAAAAGAUAAACCAUGGGUGUGCCCGCUGGUAACGCAGAAAAUGGUAAAAAAAUCUUUGUGCAGAGAUGUGCACAAUGUCAUACGGUUGAGCAAGGUGGUAAAAAUAAAGUUGGACCGAAUCUCUUUGGUAUAGUUGGACGCAGAACGGGAGCAGCCUCAGGCUUCGCUUACUCCGACGCUAAUAAAAAUAAAGGUAUUACUUGGGAUGAUGAAUCUUUAUUUGUAUAUUUGGAAAACCCCAAGAAAUUCAUGCCUGGCACAAAAAUGGUCUUUGCUGGCUUAAAAAAAGCGGAUGAACGGGCAGACCUCAUUGCUUACUUAAAAUCAAACAAAUAAAAAUGUAUUCCUUAUACCUAUUCCUUCACAUUGACAAGAAAUUGUCAUCUAAAUAUAAUUAACUGCGUCUAAUUUGUAAUGAAAUGUUAUUAAUAGUAGUCAAUAAAUUAAUUGAUUUUAAUAAAUAGAUUCCUCACUUACGAACCUCAAUAAGUAAGAUAUUAUUUUAAAAUUGUCUUUGCCUACACAAGAGAAUGCCCAAUCUGUUAACAUGCUGUGCCUUUCAGUGCUUACCGUCUUCUAAUAAAUCACAUAUAAUAUUUAUACAUUUUCAUCUAUUAUUUAUAAGCACACUGUACAUUCCUCGAAAUGGACAUAGAUUAUACGUGAGG